CCAACCAUAUAUAAUAGCGUUGACUGUAAGUCCGUCUAAAAAUCUGAUGAAUCCUUAAAUCCUAAUUACUAUCACACUCCCAGUAGCCCAUCGAAUACGUCAGUCCAGACCGAAGGAGCAUUAUAUAUCACACACUCAUUAGUGGACCAGACAGUGCCAGCCCAUACAAUCAUAAUAUCUCUCUCUCUCUAUAUGUACCCCAAUGGCCCAGUGUUCGUUGUGCUUAUAAAAUCAUAUUAUCGUUUGUUUUUGUUUCAUUGUUGUCGCUUAAUUUGUACUGUACGUGUAACAAGGUUAGAGAAAACUUAAAUGGCGAAGUCACCAGAGGUUGAACACCCCAAGAAGGCCUUUGGCUGGGCAGCCAGGGAUUCUUCUGGGAUAUUCUCUCCCUUCAAAUUCUCUAGAAGGGCAACAGGGGAGAAAGAUGUAACGUUCAAAAUUCUUUAUUGUGGAAUAUGCCACUCGGACCUUCACAUGGUCAAGAACGAAUGGGGCAUGUCCACCUACCCGCUUGUGCCUGGGCAUGAGAUUGUGGGCGUGGUGACAGAGGUGGGGAGCAAGGUACAUAGAUUCAAAGUUGGAGACAAGGUUGGCGUGGGAUGCCUUGUUGGAGCAUGUCGCUCUUGCAAUGACUGUUCCAACAACCUUGAGAAUUACUGCCCCAAAGCGAUUCUUACUUAUGGUGCCGUGUACCAUGAUGGAACCACCACAUAUGGAGGCUACUCUGACAUCAUGGUUGCGGAUGAGCACUUUGUGAUCCGUAUUCCAGACAAUCUUCCACUUGAUGCUGGUGCCCCCCUUCUCUGUGCUGGGAUCACAGUGUACAGCCCCUUGAAAUUUUAUGGGCUUGACAAACCUGGUUUGCAUGUGGGUGUGGUUGGCCUUGGUGGUCUAGGCCAUGUUGCAGUGAAGUUUGCUAAAGCUAUGGGGGUUAAGAUCACAGUGAUUAGUACAUCGCCUAACAAGAAAACGGAAGCUUUAGAACAUCUUGGUGCAGACUCUUUUUUGGUUAGCACAGACCAAGGUCAGAUACAGGCUGCUCUGGGCACAUUGGAUGGUAUCAUUGAUACGGUCUCUGCUGUGCACCCUCUCCUACCUCUAAUUGGUCUAUUGAAGUCACAUGGCAAGCUCAUUAUGGUUGGUGCACCCGAGAAGCCACUUGAGCUACCUAUCUUUCCUAUACUCUUGGGACGGAAGAUAGUUGGUGGUAGCUGCAUUGGAGGCCUGAAAGAGACACAAGAGAUGAUUGAUUUUGCAGCCAAACACAAUAUUACUGCUGACAUUGAGGUGAUUCCAAUUGAUUAUGUGAACACUGCCAUGGAACGACUUGUGAAAGCAGAUGUCAGAUACCGAUUUGUCAUUGAUAUUGGAAACACAUUGAAGGUGAGCUCUUGAAUUUUGCUGCCUUUUUAGCAUGGUUCACUAGUGAGACGACUAUACUUUUUAGUGGAUUAAGCUAUCUUCAGUUGCUUUUAGUCUUGUUUUCAGUUUCGAAACAUUUCUUCCUCAUAGUUUGGUAAAGAUGUAAGAGUUGUAUUUGUGAUAAAUGAGAAAUAAAUUGAUUUUUGGUUUGGGAUUUUAAA